CUUUCCUCUCUUCUCUUCUCUACUCUACUUUAUCUACUCUACUUUAACUCGAGUGUGUACCUAUCUUGUACUCUCCUUCAUAUCUUCACGUCACGCACCAAUGCUUCUUACCGAUAGCUCUGCUUUGUCGCUUCAUUUACUCGAAGACACGCUGUAUCUUGACCUCGAUGCUGACAACAAUCACGCGACCACCGUGCUUCGAGGCUUCGUGGAUGUCAUGAGUCCAAAAAAGCGUGUCCACAGCCUUCACGUUUGCUUUGAAGGCUACCUUACAACCAAACGACCUUCAGUGCGAAAGCAACUGAUUCAACGGCACUUGGUACUGAACCCCAGCUCCGCUUCGACUGUCAACGGCGGUAUGUCCCGAAGGUGCCCCUUUGAGAUGAGCCUGUUGCUCGGCGGGCUGCCAGAUACGAUUGAAAGCAAGAACAUCGAGGUCGUCUAUCACGUUACAGCCAAAGCUGCCUACGCCUACUCUACCCGGAGCAGUCGAAAUUGUCCUAUUAGGCUCACACGCUUCCCAUUCAAGAACAGCAUGCUCACAGGCGAUAACGUGGCCCGAUCCAUCGACUCAAGGCGACACCACGCACAAUUCUUCGAUUACCACCUAACGAUUGAGAAGAGUACACUUUCUGUGGGAGCAUCACUGCCUCUGACCAUGUGGGUGGCACCAAGAAUGUCUGGUGUGCGGCUAUUGUCACUGUGUGUGUUUUUGGUUGAGCGACGCAGUGUGUACGGGCAACAAGGCCGAGGCGAAAAAUGCUCCGCGCAUUUACUUUCUCGGGCUGAUCCAAUGCGGCAAUCUGUGCCUGGCCACGUACUCAAAGAGCCGUGGCGAGAUACGAUCGAGUUUCGUUUGCCAGACGAGCUGGUGCCCUCGAUGGAUGUGCCCGGGCUGUUUGUGGUCAGGCACACGCUCAAGGUUUCCAUGGCAAUAGUCUUCCCAGAAAUAACUUCCGGUCGAGUUCAGAGAAGCAUCUCCUUUGAAACGGACGUGGAAAUCCGUGAUAGACGGGUGGGCAUGCUGGAGAAGCUAGGCGCGUUCAACUUGCCCGAGUAUGAGCACACCUCGAUAACUCCUCCAUGCACACCGCCGCCUGUGUAUGAACAUCCUCCUGCUUACAGCAGUGUAUCGUCUUGAUCUCAUUCCUCUUCUCAUACUUCGCACUUUUGUCCGAUGGUUUAUUACUGCAUGCUCUGUUCCAAAACUUGUAAAAAAAUAUUGCUCAUCUCUAUCUUAUGUACAUAAUACCUGGUGUUCUUACCACAUAUGAAAUUAACAAAUAAAAAAAUACCAUUUUGAAAGAAAAGAUACCACCGGAAACUGCUCAUUAAAGGAAAUGGAUGAGAGUGAAGCUAAAGAUAGUGCAAUUGUCCUUGUGUCACCCAGCCACAAUGGAGCGCAUACCAAAGCGCAGUUUUUCCAUGCUAGUCGUUCC